CCGGUUUGAUAAUCUUGGUAACAACUAACAACUAGUUUAGGACAAAAUCAUGUACAUGGCCCAAACUCUAUAGUUCUCGAGUGAAAUUAUAAACCCACCAACCAACCCAUAAAAAACGUGAAAUUGCAUGUCCUUCAUUGCCAAGUGGAUCGCUUUCUACUCAUCACAGCUUAAAAUAUUGGCACUCGUAAAUCAUCACACGUCUCUCUGCAAUUAUAAGAAGUGUCACAUCCUCUCAAAGUAGUGAGUAAAAACUAGAGAGAGAAAAAAGAUGAGGGAACUGAAACUAGAACAUGAGCUAGAUGAAGAAGAGGCAGCAGCUGGAGUCGAGAUAUGGAGCUACGUCUUCGGCUUCACCAGGAUGGCGGUGGUCAAGUGCGCCGUCGAGCUCGGCAUAGCCGACGCCAUCGAGAACCACGGACCAGACUCCACGCUAUCACUGGGCCAACUCUCGUCCGCACUGAACUGCGACGAACCCUCCCUGUCGCGGAUCAUGCGUUUCCUGACCCACCACCGCAUCUUCGAGGAGAAGCUCGACCCCGACGGCGGUACGGUGGUGGUGGGGUACUCCCAGACGCCCCUCUCCCGUCGCCUGAUCAGGCGACGGAAGGGGGACAGCAACAGCAUGGCGGACUUCCUCCUGCUGGAGGGCAGUCGCGUCAUGCUGGAGCCGUGGCUGUUCCUGAGCUCACGAGUCCGGGACGGUUCCGCCGCCCCGGCUUUCGAGCAGGCCCACGGCGGAGAGGAUGUGUGGAAGUUUGCUGAGGACAAUCCCGGUCAUGGCAAGCUCAUAGAUGAUGCCAUGGCCUGCAAUGCCAGGCUGGCCGUGCCGGCCAUCGUCCAUGGCUGCCCUGGCUUGCUCGAUGGGGUGGAGACCAUGGUGGAUGUUGGAGGAGGGAACGGGACGGCUCUGAGGUUGUUUGUUGAAUCUUGUCCUUGGAUUCAUGGGAUCAACUUCGAUCUCCCUCAUGUUGUCGCUGUGGCGCCGGAAUCUAAAGGUGUGACGCAUGUUGGUGGUGACAUGUUUCAGAGCGUUCCAAAAGCUGAUGUUGCCUUCCUCAUGCAAGUUCUCCAUGACUGGAACGAUGAAGACUGCAUCAAGAUACUGAAGAAUUGCAGGGAAGCCAUCUCAGAGAAGAAGGGCAGAGUGAUCAUAGCAGAAGCUGUGGUGGAUCAGGAGAGAGACGGGAAGCUGGAGCACGUUCGUCUGAUGCUCGACAUGGUGAUGAUGGCUCAUACCAACAGCGGCAAAGAGAGGACGUUGAAGGAAUGGGAGUGUGUUCUUCAUCAGGCCGGGUUCAGCAGAGUCACUGUGACACCCAUCGAUGCGGUUCAAUCAGUCAUUCAAGCCUUCCCCUGAAUCUGAAAUCAAUGUGUAAAAUCAAGUGUGCUUUGUUUGUCAUGGCGUUUUCCUUGUUGUUUGUUGUUGGUGCUUUCAUCUCAUGGAUGUUUUUCAUCUUCUUCUACCCGCGCGCUCUGUAAUCUACUUGCUUGGUUGUUGUUUUUCAGAUUCACGGUAUGAUCCGACAAAGUUAACUCUACUUGUUUAGAUAAGGUUUGAGACAUCUGAUGUCUGUGAAUAAGCGUGAGCAUCUGUC